GGCAGUUGGGAGCCUCCUUCGAGUUGUCGGUCGAGCCGGAGAUGCUGGUGGUGGAACACGGCGGGUCGAUCCGGUUGAAGUUGAAGACGACGUGCCAGGAUCCCGAAGCAUCUGGCAAUGUGGAGACGUCGGUUCGGAAGCAGGUGGUGACGAUGGGGCCCACAGAGAUGGUGGUGGACCUGCUCAACAUCACCACGUGGAACACCAGCGUCCUCUGCUUCUACAACUGCAACGGUUCCAGGAAGGUGUUGACCAUGAAACUCAUCACCUACCGUGCGCUGGAGCCGGCGGUGCGGGAGCCGAUACCGCAGCUGCAGGUGGGUCAGCGCCAUGAGCUGGCAUGCCACGUGGCCAACGUUGUACCGAAGCAGAACCUGACGAUGAUCCUGUGGCGGGGCAGUGAGAUACUGCGCACCAAAACCUUUGAGAAUUACAGCCAGGACAAGCCGGAGGAGGCACGGCUGACCUACAGGCUGACGGCAGAGCGCCAGGACAAUGAGCAGAACAUCACCUGCCAGGCGCUGCUUGACCUGUCACCCUACGGCCCACGGUUCAACACCACCUCCAACCCGCAGACGUUGACCGUCUAUGGUAAGCCGGCACUGGCAUCUUACUGGCGUUUGCUCUGCUGCGGUUGUGGCAACUGGCUCAUCCUGGGGUGUUUCCCUCUGGUGGCAGAAUUCCUGAAGGAUCCUGAGCUGGAGCCUCUCAUCAACCUGGAGAUUGGCGAGACGGUGAACACCAGCUGCACUGUCAGUGACAUCUUCCCGGUGGCACAGUUCGAGCUGUCGCUCGCCAACCAGACCCUGCCGCUCUCCAUCAGCCAGGACGGGCACCGGGCCACCGCCGAGGUGUCCCAGAGUGAGCCAGGGACCUUCAAGCUGGUUUGCACCGUGAGGGUUGGACCCAUCGAGCGGUGGACGGAGGCGACCAUCCAGGUCUACCCGCAGAUCCACGCCGCCAACCGUGUCCCGGAGACGUGGGGACCAUCCCCACGGAACUUCACCCUGACGGUGAACAGAAACGAUAAUGGGAUGGAGCUGAGCUGCGAUGCCAGGCUACCCUUUGGCAGGAAAGCCUCAAAGAGGAGCGUGCCCAUCCGGCUCAACGUCACUG